CGGAUCCGGGAAUUCCCUUCGGUUUUCCCUCGCCCUCGAGGCCGGCCAGGGUUUGUUCCCACUUCCCCACCGUCCCUCCUCCCGAGCGGCAACCGGCGAUCGGCACGAGCGCCCUUCCCGACCGGCGAGACAAGCAUCCAGGCGCGGUGCCAGAGACUCCUGGUUUGACCGUGUCUCUGAACCCACGGUGCAGUCAAUUCCACGGGCGGCCGCGCAAAGAAAUUUCCAAAGCUUCCAGAGUCCUUAAAAAAACCCACCUCCAAAUCAAACCAAUCCCCUCCUCUCUCUCUCUCUCUCUCUCGUUCUUAUCACCAUCAUGGCCCCUGUCUACCGGUGCGCGGAGUGCGGGGCGGACCUGAAUCUUAGCAGCGCCCACCUGUUCCCGCCGGAUGCGUACUUCGAGGCCGGGAACAAGGGCACGCUUUCCUUCUCUUGGGUGGACGACUCCAAGCUCCGCUUCUCCAAGGAGGACAAGAUCCGGCCUUUCUUCGAGACCGUCAACUACUGGGGCAUCCAAAGGAAGCGCACCCGGAUGCAGUGCAACGCCUGCGGCCGCCUCCUGGGCUACGUUUACGAUGACGGCCCGCCCCUCAUGCAAGGACACGGCCAGCUUGGCUUCGGUCCCAGCCAGGCCAUCCCCCGGUGCCCCAGGUACCGCUUCAAGACCAAGGCCCUCACUAUUCCUACCUCUUGAUGAUGAUGGUUAUGAUCCUGUGAUCUCUCUAUCCUUUUUCUGAAUUGGAUUUGAGCGGCAUGAAUGGGAUUGUCCACUCUUUUGUGAUUAUUGUGUAUACAUAUAUAUGAUAUGGCUCAUAAAAAGACCGGAUUUGAUCUUUAUGCAUGAACUCCUUUGCAGGUAGUGAAAAUAUCAGAUUUUUUUAAUGCGUGUUCUGAGAUUAUUGUGAAUAUAUGGGAUGUCGGUAAUAAAAAGUUUGGAUUUUUAAACAUGUAUUCUGUGACUAUUGUGAUGUUAUAUAGUGUGGAUAGUUCAAAAGAAAUCAAAAAAGACUUGGUUGUUCGAA